AUGUGUUAUAGCUUCAUGGUCGGGAACACAUACCCUUACAGCCUAGAGGAUUGGAAGGAAGACAUCAUGCUUGCGAGUACCCACCAUAUAGACGGCUUCGCUCUCAACGUCGGACCAGAAGAAUGGCAAAAGCGCUCCAUCUCGCUAUGCUAUGCAGCCGCUCUCGCGCUGGGGUCGCCGUUCAAGCUGUUCCUCAGCUUCGACAUGACCGUGAUACCAGGAAAUACGCCCGAGGACGUGCGGCUGCUGCGGGAGCACGUCGCGAUGACUGCCGGGCAUCCUCACCAGCUUUGGUACAGGGGCGGAGUCUUUGUCUCGACGUUUGCAGGGCAAGACCAGCUGUUUGGCUUCUCUGAUCUGGAGGAUGCAUGGGCGCACGUCAAGGACGCUCUAGGAGAGAUCGCACCAAUACAUUUGGUGCCUUCGUUCUUUAUCGACCCUCGACGGUAUCCGCGUAUAUCCGCCAUGGAUGGCUACUUCAACUGGAAUGGCAGCUGGCCAAUCCAUCUCACAAUCGACGCACCCAGGAAGGAGGUCGAGAAUGCAAAGCUCGACACGGACUGCCAUCAUGUCCACCACCUCGGGGCUCGCACGUUUAUGGCUGCGGUAUCGCCCUGGUUCUUCACACACUAUGGACCUAAUUCGUGGAACAAGAAUUGGAUCUACCGAGGCGACGACUGGCUCCUGAUGAGACGGUGGGAGCAGCUCGUCGCGAACCGGAGCCAGAUCGACAUCGUCCAGAUCAUCUCCUAUAACGACUUCGGCGAGUCGCACUAUCUUGGCCCAAUCAAGGGCGCGCAGCCAAACUCCCAAGCAUGGGUCGACGGCUACCCGCACACCGCGUGGCUCGAGCUCAGCGGGUACUUUGCGCGCGCCUUCAAGGAGGGCGCGUACCCUCCCGUUGAGAGAGAUCGGAUCUUCAUGUGGUCCCGGCCGCACCUUAAGGACGCAGAGGCUACCGAGGACGAAGUACCGAGGCCGGACAGGUGGCAGUUGACCGACGAUAAGUUCUGGGUCGUAGUCUUGGCCACAGGUCCUGCCGAGGUCCUGCUCGCUACUUCGGACGAUGCGCCCGCCGAGAGAUGGGUGGUCAAGAACGGCGUGUCGAAACUAUCCCACCCCAUGGUGGCUGGGGCGAGCAUGAAGGCGACGAUGGUCCGCGAUGGGAUCGUCGUGGCGGGAUGUACACCUAGGCGGGAUGGCUUUCGGGUCGAGAAGAGUCCGAAGACGUACAACUUCAACGUGUACGUUGCAGCGUCUCCGUAG